AUGGACGACACUAGAUUGUACAAGUACUAUCGAACAUCCGGAUACGGUUUGAAUUCGCUGAUAUACCGAUUUCUCAUCGCUGAUUAUAAUCUAAGACGAUUCUUCAACUUAAGUGCUUAUUGCGGAACGGUGACUUUUGUUACUUUCAUCUUUGUAGUAAUUAUCGCCAUCUGUUCGAUAGCGGGUUUAAAUAUGAUGACGUUGAACAAUACACUUUUUCGUGAAUUGUUCGAAAAAGCGGAGAAGAAGUUACCACGAAUGGAAAGUGUCGUUAGCAUCAUACCUCCGUAUAAAUGUAUUCACAAGCAUUUACAACGAAUGAACGUGUUUCAAGAGAAAACGAAGAAAAUGUUACGCAAAGAGCAAUUGGAAUUGGAAAUAAUGAACAGCAAAAUGUCGUGUAUCGAGAAGUUAUUGAAGCCCGAGGAACAAUCCGAGUGGCGUCGUAGUAGAUCACCAAAGGUAUAUCAUCGCUCCAUUAACGUAGAAGCAUCAAAAUAA